CGCUUCAGUCCCAACUCGACAAUCAAUCUCAAGUGGAACCAAUAAAAGUGAACCCAACCCAAAUCUCUUCACAGAGGGUGACGGUGGGGCGAUGACUUGUUGAAGUGAGCAAAAGUGAGCCGACCGCACCGCACCCACCAACCAAACCAGAAAUGAAGACCUCCCUCGUGAAAACGUGAUAUAGCGUGACGACAUGAGGUGCGACAGUUGGGCCACCCUACUGCUGACGGUUCUAAUUUGGUACGCCAAGUUCUGCGGACAUGAUUGCGGAGUGACUAAGGAACAGAUGGAAAAGACGGCCCGAAUGUUUCGAAAUGUUUGCCAACCGAAGCAUAAGAUGUCCGAUGAUAUCCUGGAAGAGGCAAAGAAAGGAGUGUUUCCCAACGAAAAGAACUUUAAAUGCUACGUCAGCUGUCUGCUCGACAUGAUGCAAGCUACCAAACGAGGCAAGAUCAGCUACGAGAAAUCGCUCAAACAAAUCGAUACCCUACUUCCGGACGACUUUAAGCCGGACUUUCGAAACGGACUGGAGGCCUGCAAGGAUGUAGCUCAGGGCGUCAAAGAUCACUGCGAGUCGGCGUACGUCCUGUUGAACUGCUUUUACCAAAACAAUCCAAAGUUUAUUUUUCCCUAGCUGAUAUUCAUGAACUGACCAAAUGCAAACGACCACCGGACAACCCCUACCAUGAUAGUUGAUAGAUAAAUGUGAUAUUAAUUCGAUAAGUUUGGCUCUUAGACUUAUUGUGUGCACCUCAAAGGCGAAAUAAAAGUUUGCGAUUGAU